AUGCCGAUUUUCUGUGACUUUUCAGAAGUCGAACAUUGCUGCGUCCCAAGCAGGGAGAGCGAACUUCAUCCGCGAAAAGUGAAGCUUGCUGGAGUUUCGCGAAGACGAUUUUAUCGGAGUACUCUCUUCCCGUCACAACUGAUUUACUGCGUCUACCGUGGCCUCCUCGCUGCGUACUUUGUCGCCUGGUUUAUUGUCCAGAUUGUUUCCAAGGCUUUGGAAGGAGAGCAGCCUAAGCACUUCAUCUACCUGACUACAUGGGCGGAAACUGCGCUGAAUCUUCACCUUAUCGCCUCGUUUCUCACUUGUCUCUAUGGAUACCUCAAUGAAACAAUCGACACAAGCGACAAUCCCUCUUCUACCUCGUCUGAAAUCGACCUCGGCAACGAAAAGUCCAACGACAAGCUCCUCUCCGCGACUGGCCGGGCCGGUCAGAUCUACUCCACCGAGCAGGACGAGCUUCUUUGGGGGAACGUUUUUGUUCGAAACUCGUUGAAAGUAAAUUCUGUAGGAAUAAUUCUCGACCUGGUCGUAUCAGAUGUGCCUAUCCGACUUCUUCAUUUCACCUGGACCUGGAUAUUCGGCCUUUCGUAUAUCCUCAUGACCUGGCUUCUUCACAAGUACUCCUCUCUUCCGUACAUUUACGAGGGAGUACUUGAUUGGGGCGACUACCGAAUGAUAACAUGUUUCGUCGUCUUUGGCGUCUGUUUCGUCCUCGUCCCGGGCUGCCACACCAUCGCACAUUGGUUCCAGCGCGGGCGAAAUGGAAUUUUGCGGAGGCGGUAUCAGAAGCUCACAGAUUCAUCUCAAGAUGUCUCCGAAUCGGACGGAUUCGGAAACACUCCCCUCAAGGACCUCGAUCUUGAGGAGGGGCCCAAGAUCGUUGGGCCUCCAAGGAAUGGAUUUUGA